GGGGCGCCGCCGUGUCGGUGCCAUAAAAAUGCGUCCGCUGGGGCGGCCCGGGGGGGACGACGACACGGAGCCGCCGCAACAACAAGGAGAAGGAGGAGAAGAGGAAGAAGAGGAGGAGGAGGAGGAGGAGGAGGAGGGAUAGAAGGGGCGCCCGAAAGGUGGGCAGCGGCUGGAGGAGGGGUCCCGGCCGGGCCCGGAGUCAUGCCCACGGGGCGGCCCUGACGGACGGACCGGACGGGACGGGACGGGACGGGCAUCUCCCCCCGGGGCUCCGGAGGCCCGCCAGCCAUGGGCGCCCCGGCGACGCUCACACCGUUGCCCCCCUCCUCUCCGCCGCCGCCGCUGCCGCUGCUGCUGCUGCUGCUGCUGCUGCUCUGGAGCUGCUCCGCCGCCGCAGGGCUGAGUGGCGGAGCUGGAGCAAGGUCGCACUGCGUAAAGGCCUGCAACCCUCGGAUGGGAAACCUGGCCCUCGGGAGGAAACUCUGGGCCGAUUCCACCUGCGGUCGCAACGCCACCGAACUCUACUGCUCUUACAGUGAGAACGCGGACUUGACCUGCCGCCAGCCCAAGUGCGACAAGUGCAAUGCGGCGCUCCCACGGCUGGCUCACCUCCCCUCCGCCAUGGCCGACUCCUCCUUCCGCCAUCCCCGGACGUGGUGGCAGUCGGCCGAGGACGCCCGCAGGGAGACGAUCCAGUUGGACUUGGAGGCCGAGUUCUACUUCACCCACUUGAUCCUGGUGUUCAAGUCGCCCAGGCCGGCCGCCAUGGUCCUGGAGCGGUCCCAGGAUUUCGGGAAAACGUGGAAGCCUUACAAGUACUUUGCCUCCAACUGCUCCUCCACCUUCGGCCUGGAGGAUGACGUUGCCGAGAAGGGAGCCGUUUGCACUUCUAGAUACUCCAGGCCCUUCCCCUGCACUCGUGGAGAGGUUAUAUACAGGGCUUUGUCACUGCCGUAUACCUCUGAAGAUCCUUACAGCCCCAAAGCUCAGGAGCAGCUGAAGAUCACCAACCUCCGGGUUCAGCUGCUGAAACGGCAACACUGUCCCUGCCAAGGCAACGACCUCAACGCGAAGCCUCAGCAUUUCACACACUAUGCCAUCUAUGACUUCAUUGUCAAGGGCAGUUGCUUCUGCAAUGGCCAUGCAGAUCACUGUGCACCUGUUGAUGGCUUCAAACCGGUCAAAGCAGCAGGAACCCACCAUGUGGUCCACGGGAGAUGUAUGUGUAAACACAAUACAGCAGGCUCCCACUGCCAGUACUGUGCUCCACUAUACAAUGACCGGCCUUGGGAAGCUGCAAAUGGCAAGACUGGAGCUCCAAAUGAGUGCCGUACAUGCAAGUGCAACGGGCACGCUGAUACCUGUCACUUUGACAUUGACGUAUGGCAGGCAUCGGGGAAUCGCAGCGGUGGAGUCUGUGACAACUGCCAACACAACACUGAAGGGCAGCACUGCCAGCGGUGCAAGCCAGGCUUCUAUCGGGAUCUCCGACGACCUUUCUCAGCCCCCGAUGUCUGCAAAUCUAUUCUUCCUCUAUGGAAAAUAGUUGAUAGUAAAAGGAAAGGAGAAAACAGUACCAAAAAAGUGUGUUCCUGCCACCCUGUUGGAUCAGCGGUCCUUCCCUUCAGCUCGGUGACUUUCUGUGACCCCAACAAUGGUGACUGUCCUUGCAAACCUGGAGUUGCAGGUCCUCAUUGCGACAGGUGCAUGGUGGGCUACUGGGGGUUUGGAGAGUAUGGCUGCAGACCCUGUGACUGUGCUGGAAGCUGCGACCCCCUCACCGGAGACUGCACCGGCAGCAGUGCAGACAUUGACUGGUAUGAAAUCCCCGACUUUCACUCUGUCUUUAAUGAGAGUGAGGCGACCAGGGAAUGGGAGGACGAGCAAGGAUUCUCUGCUCUUCGACAUUCAGGUAAAUGUGAAUGUAAAGAACAGGUGUUAGGAAACCCUAAAGUCUUCUGUGGGAUGAAAUAUUCCUAUGUGCUAAAAAUAAAGAUUUUAUCAGCUCAUGAUAAAGGCUCUCAUGCUGAGGUCAACGUGAAGAUCAAAAAAGUAUUAAAAGCCACCAAACUAAAGAUUCUACGAGGAAAGCGAACACUCUACCCAGAAUCCUGGACUAACAGAGGCUGCACUUGUCCGAUCCUUAAUCCAGGAUUGGAGUAUCUUGUGGCAGGACAUGAAGAUGUAAGAACUGGCCGACUGAUUGUCAAUAUGAAAAGUUUUGUGCAGCACUGGAAGCCAUCUCUUGGAAGGAAAGUCAUGGAGAUUUUAAAGAGAUAUUGCAACUAAUAGUAAGGUGCGUAGAGCGCUAGGGCAUUUCUAUGUGCGCAAAAUGCAAACUUGAUGAGAAGGAGACCUUGAAAAUGAAACUGGAAUGUAAAAAAAAAAAAAAGUGCCAAAAAGGAUCGAGAGAUAUUCCAACACAUAGGCUUUGUCUAACACAUCCCCAUUUGGACCAGUGUUUAAGCAAUAUAUACAAGUAAGUGCCGACAUCUCAUUUUGAGGGUGGGGGUGGAAAGGGAGCGCAUAGGGCUUGGGAGAUGGUAAACGGAUAAGUUUACAGACUUGGGAGUGGAAGGAAGACUUUGAUGAGAGAAUGGGUCAGAAAGACCCAAUUUGGGGUCUUUUUAGAUCUGCUUGGAAGCUCCCAGAUGGUGUCAAAGACCUGGGGUGACUGAGGUAUAGAACUGGCACUUAUUCAUGUACCGUAACACUUCUUUGAGGGAAUGAAUUGACAGCUUUUGUUGCAUAAAAGUGUAGAAUCUAAAAACAGAUGCUGAUACCAAGUUUGUGCUGGGCUGAUUCUGAUAUUCGCAUCAGAUGGGAGUCCUACAGGAGCAAUGUGUAAUUUUGUGGUUAACCUUUGAUAACAAUGUGUUUGAUUAGUAGCCUUCAACAACAGAAAGUGUUGCUUUGUAUUUUAUGCUAUUUAAAGAAAUUAAUGAGACUUAACUGAGGCACUUCAACCUUGUAUCACAAAGUUGUUUAAGAAAGAUCCUUCUCUUGAAGGUGAUGCAUGGUAUGUGAACUUUGGUCUGUAAAGUGUUAAAUGGAUCUUAGUCACCUGUAAAUAAUAUUUCGUUGUAUAAAGCACUUUACUACCUGCCACUACGGACUUGUGGAAUUUCUGAUUUUUUGAGGGAAGAGAAAGAAGACGGUGUGUAGGGACAACAUAUUGAAACGGAAGCACUCCAGGAUAUACUAAAUGGACAAAAGUAACCAUAAAAAAUAAAUUCUUCUCUUUUGGCUCUGGCACUGAACACUCAGAGAAAAUUUUUUAAGGCUGUAAUUUGAAAAUAAAAUUGUAUUUCCACUGAGGUCCCAACUUCAGAUCAGGACUUGGAUUCCAUAAAAUAUCGGCUGUGAUGAAAUCUUAAAAAAGUCAAAGUGAACAGAAGACUUAAAAACAAGAGAAUGCAAUCUUCCGCAGGUAAUGAGUACCUGGAGAGAAAAAGAUGGACAUUAAGGAAAAGGAAGUCAUUUAUUUACAUCGCACAAGCCUACAAUUCAAAAAUCACGGUGGACAUGGAAUAUAUUUUAUUAUAUGCUAAGUAUUUAAGUCUGAAUGUAAAGAGGUUUUUCCCAUCUUUGCAGUAUAUAUGGUCAUUAUCGUUUUCCAUUAUUAACACCAAUGUAUGAGACAGUUCACAGAAUUAAUUCAAAUUUUCAUCAUUAUUCCUCUUCUGUAAUCCGUGUUUAGCCACAUUACCUACAGACUCUUCUGUACACAGGUGUACAAAAGAGAAAAAUGAACUGCAGUGUUGUAAGAAUCACAUCACUCUUCUCAUACCACAUGUAUUUUUUUUGAGGUCCCAUGGACUUGCAGAAAUGGAUAUUCUUUGGUUAAUUUGUUUUUAUAUUUCAUCUAUGUAAUAAAAGAAUAUGAUUUCAUAGGGUG